AUGAAUCGUCCUCCGCAACAGCAACACCCUCAUCACCGCCCUCCCUCCGAUGAUGAUGACGACUCCGACGACGAAUUGCGACGUCCCGGCUCCUCCGGCAGUGAUGCCUCUUCCAAUGUGACCAGACUUUCCGCCACUCCCAUCACUCCCAUAGAUCGUCCACCGGGAGCCGGCUACUUCUCCCCAAACCCACGAUCGAACUCAGCCACUUCAUCGCCUCAACACCAACACACCGCACGCCCAAUGCCGGACUCCUCACGUCGCCCGUCGGGUCGGGGCCCGUCUAUUGAACUGCAGCGACAUCGCUCAAGACAUCACUCCCAGGGCUUCUUUGAACCUUCCCUCCCCACUGCCUCCUCCGAGCAGAUGCCGCCGCAGGUCUCGGCGUCUCGGAUCGCCGCCCAGGCAGCCAUGCAUCAACAAAUGUUACAGCAGCAGCAGUUACAAGUCUCACAACAACAGUCAAGACGCCCGCAACAUCCAGUCUCCCCCAUGGAAGAUAGUGGCUCGCGCCGGAGCGUUAGUGCCUCUCCGCCAUUGGUCCCUCUUCCACUACGAAUCAACCAGCCAACACCGUCGCUUCCACCGCCGACAGCAGGCAACGUCGCAACAACCGCCGCCAACGUCGUCUUCCCUCGCGCAGGCUCCCAGCCCCCCAAACCUCAACCCGAGAAACAAAAGAAAAAGAAGCUCUUUUCCAAACCAAAACAUAUCGGCAUUAGCAGAGAUAAAGAUGUCUUCAAGGAUCGCGGUCUUCCUUCGCCGAGCAAGCUACCCAGUUUGUCGCGCAUGGUCAGCUCCUCCAACACGAGUAUGGCCGAUCUCCCUUCCAAUAACUCAUCCAUGUACAAUCUCUCCAAUGCAUCGGUCAGCACGGUUGUUCCUGCGGAUCGCCCACCCGCCCCGCCAGAGAAGGAUAAGGAUAAGGAAAAGGACAAGGACAAGCAUAAGCACCAUUUCUUGUCGCGGCAGAAGCUCAAAUUGAAGGACCGUGGUGACGAUCACUUUAACCUGCCUCUUUCUUCUGCCUCGAGUAAUUCUCGACCGACCGACCCCAAUGCUCCACAAUCGCUUUACUCGUUUACCAACCCGGCCUCGCCAGCGCCUGGGGCUACCUUUGGCAAGUCAGUCAGCGGCUUAGACCUGUUGCACGGUGGCCGAGCAAAAAAGAAGGAGAAAGAGGCGAUACUCGAAAGCGAACAAUUGGAAUGGCUGGCCAGUUCCAAUAGUGCCACAGGUCCCGCCGCGGGUCCUUCUUCCCUUAACAGCACCACCGGACCUCUCGGGGAAGCCAUGCUGCGCGAGACACUGCAAGGCUUUGGCCUGAACAAUAUGUCCCCGAAGACGCAUGGGACAAAACUCAUGGUCAUAUUUGACGGCGAGGAUGUCCGCAUCGCCAUUGAAGACCUCAACAAGCUGGUCAUCGUGCAUCUCCAGCGCUGCGUGCACAAACGCACACCCACAACCAUCAUCGCCGACCUCCAAGACCUUCUCGAAACCGGCUUUGCCAAUCUCAAUGCUAGCUCCCUCAUCGGCAUCCCCGAUGAAAAGGUCGUCCCGCACCUCGUACAAAUCUGGCUCCUAUUCUUCGGCACCAUCCUCCCAUUCAUUCAAGCUGCUUUCCUCCCCUUGGACCAUGAAUUCAAGGGCGUUGGCUCAAUAAUGACCGGUCGCGAGGCGCGCGAAUUCUGGGGCGACAUGCCCGCAGGCGGGAGUCUUGAUGUUCGCAAUCUCGUCCUCAUCGCGUUCCGCGAUCGCAUCAUUCUGAACCGCUACGAUGCUCUCAAGGCUACAUUCUCCCGCCUCAGUCUCGACAGCAUCAAUGCGGGAUUCCCAACGCUCAGCGUAACGGCCAAGACAACUGGUACAGGACACGGCGGCCGGCCUGGGACAGCGGCUUCACUGGACGCAGGAUUCGGAAGCUUCAAUUCCCAAUCUUCGACUCUGCUCAGCACUGUCGCGGAUAGUUACUCUUCCGACUCGGUGAGUGCGUUGGCCGCGGCGAAUUUGCCCCGUCCGUCGAGUAGUGAUUCUCGCAGUCGCGCUGCGUCGAAUACGUCUUCGAACCCGGACGCGGCUGCUUUUUCGGCUAUUUCCCCGCCUUCGACGAGGCCUCCGGUUAUGCAUCGCGCUAACUCGGCUGAUUCUUCCCAUGUCAUUACGGAGACUGUUGGUCGGAUGCUUCAGUGCGUGAGUGUGUUGGCCAGCGUCCAGACUGACGACGCGGCGCAGGAGAAGAUUGAAAUCCUCGGGAAAACUCUCAAGCAUAACUGGCUUGGUCGAGGACGGACGGGUCGAGAUCGGAGGGGUUUUGUCGGGGCGAAGAUUCGCCCUGUUAUGGUUGGGGUUGGUGCUGGGACGCCGAUGCUAGAUGAUAAUGAGUCUCUUACGACGGCGGGGAUUAGUAUUGGUGCUAGUACUAGUACCACGAGUAUGAGUGGUUCCAGAGCGAGGGGAGAUUCGUCUUCUUCGGAUUGGAGUCAGGGGCUUGGGGGAGUAUGA